UUGGCAGUAGGACCGGGGUCGCUGAGAGAGCAGACAGGGUACGUUACACACUUAAAGUUAGUUAUCGCGGUUCACAUAGACUACUCUUUAUCUCUAGGUGUAAAAGCAGGUUUAUUUGUUUUCGCAUUGCUGUCUGAACCGAACCUGGACAGAAACUACAGGGAACUUUGGGAAGGGAUGCAGUUUAGUAACGACACCUGCGUCGGUAAAACGGAAGAGAAAGAGCACACCGUCGUCGCUUCAGCAUGGAUGGUUUGAGUGUUGCCCGAUUCUCGGCGAACCGCAGGCCGUCCGCGGGAACAGUCCCACCGACUGAAAAUGUAGGUAGUAAAUCUUCAAUCCAAGUUCCCGUGAAAAGGCAAGCCGUGAAGAGACACCACCAUAAACACAACCUGAAGCACAGGUACGAGUUCCUGGAGACCCUGGGUAAAGGAACCUAUGGCAAGGUGAAGAAGGCCAAGGAAAGAUCCGGUAGACUGGUAAGGACAUAUAACCUUUUUCCCUUAAUUAUUUUAACCAAAUGUAAUUCCCUCGUUGAGGACAACAUCUGCGGUCACUGUCUGUCUGCUGUCCUGUCGGCCACCUGUUGUUCAGACACCGAGAGCUAUUUCCAGACGACCUGCUGCACACAGGUAGCCUACAUUUGGGUAUCAGUGGAGGUAAAUGUUUUAGACAGCUUUCAAUUCCCCGCCAUAUUUUUGAGUUAUAAACUAAUAAAAGAGGUGAGUCUAAAAGUGUAUCUGCUGCAGGCGUAUGUGUCAGCUGCCAAACCAGCUUGUGUUGCUCUAGGGGUUCGUCUUGUUUGUUUUGGAUGGUUUGUUUUUACUUUAUAGAGUUUAAUAAGCUCCUUGAAUAGCCUCUUAAUUGCAGACCACUUUUAAUUAUCCAAUUAUGUCAUUUUUAUUCUCACCACAUCAGAGUAUCACACUUUAUUUGGACAGUGCUCUAUUUGUUAAAAGGGUUGAAAAGUACACUAUGAGCCUUUGGCAAACCAAGUAUCUAGGUUGAUAUUGUAAAAGGCCAUGACAUUAAUACUUCUUUUUGUGAGCUCAAUCCUUAAAGAAGAAAGGAUUCAUUUAAUGUGUCUCUAUGCAUAGUUUACCCCAGCCACUCGCUCUGAGAAGCAUGAGGGAAAGGCGUUCUGCUAGAAAAACUGAGAGUCAUUGUAUCAAAGGGGAGUUCUUUGGAUGGGGAAGUUAGGUAACUUUUCUUUCUUUGCUCCUGAUGAAGGGAGAGGGGGGAAAUUACCGCUAGUCUUUUAGGUGGAAUCCAGUUCCCCAUGACCUAAGGGGAAAUGGGAGGUCUUCAAAACAGACUGGACUGAGAUAAGCCUUUAAAGGGUACACAGAGGAGAUAACAAACUAAUGACAAAAUCUUUAGUUGGGGAAAUAAAUACUUGUCUCACUUGUCCUAAUUUACACUGUUGUCAUUGUUGUUUUCAUUUCAUAUUUAAGGACUAUAAAUGUGUUAUGUAGCUCACCUUUGGGUAUGAAUGAAGUUAUACAUAUACAAAAUAUAUAAUAAAAAACAACAGUAAUGUAUUUCAACAGCCCCCACCCCCCUUUGACCUACAACCUUGUCGAAAACUCAAAGAGGUAAAGCAGCACCCGCCUAAAGCAGUAUCAACAAAAAUGAAAGUGUACUUAUGUUAGAUAAGACAAGUUUUAUUGCAGGGCUCUUUUAUUAGACUUGCAUAACACAACAGGAUUACUUCAUAAACUGGUAUUUGAAUACAUAUCCACAUUUAUGCAGCACACUGUGUUCUACUCUGAACAAUUUACAUUCUGUUUGACUUUUUUUGUUUUCUUUUACUGAGAUAUAUUAAAUUACCCUUUUAAAUAUAGACCAGAACCCCAGGAGCAGAAAGGAAACCCUGAAUAUUAAAGUGUAUUUUAUUUCUGCAGAUAGAAAGCUUCAGAUAUGGAAGAAGAAUGUAAGUUGUCCUAAAAGUGACCUCCAUCCUCAGCUUAUAAGUCACGUUUAAUGAAAAGACUUCUUGAUUAUAGGUCACGUUUGUUUUGAGUGAAAGCCUGGAGAAGUCAAGGAAGUAAGUGUCAGGAAUUCCCCCCCACCUCCACCUGAACAUGCAGUAAACAGGUCGUGUUCAAUCCUGUCGACACGCCCUGCUCUAUUCUUACCCUGUCUGACAUGGCUUGGUGCUGCUAGUAGACUUUGCUUUUGUAGGAUGAGUUGUUGUCUGAGAUUGUUCUGUGCAUAAGGCCUCAUAACCCCAACCCUUAGGCUCGAGGAUAUCUUUAUUAUCUCUAAGGGGCAAUUUGCUUUACAGCUAGCAGUAGCAUACAAGUAAUUCCACUCACAGAGGGAAUAAGAUAAAAGUUCAGACACAUAGAAAACAUCCAACGACAUAGGAAACAAUGGCAACAACAUCAGAAUGAAUAAAUCAUGGCAAAUUUUUACCUUGAGCUAUUCAAAAGGCUAAUGGCAGUCGGGAUAAAAUAUUUUUUUAGUCUGUCUGUCUUACAUGAUGGAUGGACAUACCUGCGUCCAGAAGAGAACAGCAUCAACUCCUUGAAGAGUCGAUGGUCUGGUUCAUCAAGGAUAGACUGGGUUUUUUUAAGAGUUGUGAGUUUGAAUAAGACCGUCAGAUCACUCAGAAUAGUGCCUGUAAUUUUGCAGCAGGUUUUAACUAAGCCUGACAGUCGGUUUUUGUUUUUCAGACGAAGUGAACCAUAAAAAGAGAGAAAAGAGAAUGUAAGAACAGAUUCAAUAAAACAAGAAUAAAAAUUUUUCAAAAAGACACGUUCAAAUUCCUGAGCUUGCGAUAAAAAUACAAUCUUCUAGUAUCUAAAUGCCCUAAAAAUGAAAAUUCCCAUUAGUCCAAAUGCAUUAUGCAUUAUGUCAAUAUAUUACACUCACACCAUGUAAUUUGACACAGGGAGUAACACAACAUAAAGGAUAGCUUCAGCUUGCGUGCGUCGCACUACAGCUGUGGCCAUUGUCUCAAAGCAACAGUUUGAUUAUGUAACCCAUUGAGGUGGAGGGUUUCAGGAUACACCCAUGAAGGAUUGACUUCGCUCUCAAUGCACGACAUGUGUGCCGUGUGUGUGUGCCCUUGAGGCAACUCUAAUUAGGGUGGUUGACAAGCUAAUUAUAAAUCAUUACUUGUUGAAGGUUUUCCUGGCAACUUUGUAGUGAUUAAUUCACAUAAUUGUUUGGAUCAUAGAGACUUCUGACAGUCCAUGAGAAAUUAGAGAUGCACCAAUCCAUUUUCUUUUCCGAUCCAAUCCGAUACCGAUGCCUGGGCUGAGCGUAUCAGCCGAUAUUCGAUACUGAUCCAAUACUGCUGUUGAACGAAUGAACUGUAUACCUUGCCUUGUGAGUGAAAGCAUCAGGUUUGACAUUAGCCUUGUAAAAAAGAAAAGAUAACAAAUAAACACAGAUAUAAAUUUACUUAAUAUUAUUUAUGAACAAAUAACAAAUUGCACAUUAGCACACAGCAAAAAGAAAUAAGACUUCCACGUAUUGAAAGAAAAAAAAGACUGGAUCGGCAUCAUUCAUCCGAUAUCCAACCCAGUUAAUUUGUCAAUAUCAGAGCCAAUAUCCGAUCAAAAUAUUGGAAUGGUGCAUCCCUAUGAGAAAUGUUUAUUAGAUGCACAGAAGCCUCAGUUAAGAGCUCUUGCUUUGUAAUGCUAUCGAUGAAGUAAAAGGUGGAGAACAGUUCUCUAUUACCUUGUGUAGAAAUCAGACUGGACAAAGGGACCAAGAGAGGUUGAUGUGUUUUGUUAAAAGAUAAUGAGAAUUUUUUCUGUUUGUAACUAAUCAUUAUCUCUGCCUCUCACUCACAUGUGAAUGCUUUAAAGAAAACAACUUUACCGGAGUAGGAAAAGCAGCAAAUCCUUAAAGGUGUGAGUCAAAGGCAAGUCUAUUUGGCACAGUCAUUUGAGUAAAUAAGAAUUAGCUGAAGAAUUCUAAACGUAAGUGUAACUUCUCUAAAUUACAGUUUUCGAUGGGCAAACAAGUGAUAUCCAGUUCUCAGUCAGUGCAGGCACUUGUGAUGCAUACUUGAACAAGAUGAGUGUUUUUAAAGUUAAAUAGUCUUAAUUAGGAUUGGAUAAAAAUUAAGCUCACUCUUUGAAUCCUUUGAAUAUCUGUUUGUAGAUGUAGUUUUUUAAUAUUUAACCUAUUUUUCCAAGUUGUAAAUGAGUGUUUUGGUAGCAUUGACAUUGUCAAUUUGAUCUGAUCCUUCGUGGCAGUUUCACUAGUUAGUUUCUUGGUGUCAUUUUUAAGUAGUAGCUAAUAUGUGAUAAUGUUAAAGGGUGUGUGGUGCUACAUAUUUGCAUUAAUGAAUGUGUAAAUGUUUGCUUGGCAAACACUUAGCCUACUCAUCACACAGGCAAAGUUUUUUCUUAAGCUUGCGUAACCAGAUCAAGGUUUCUAUGUGUAGAAGAGAACUUUGUGAAUUUAGCUGUAACACAAAACCAGUUCAUUUUAUUAAGGUAAUUUCAAUACUUAAAUGUUCCCAAAUGCUUAUUUAACUUCUAGGAUUUGCCCCUGAAUUUAUUUUCUGACGUAUUUGUGGUUGCAAACAUCGUCUUUGUAUGAUAACUGAGGAAUUCAUUGUUAAAUAUCAAAUAUUCUAACCUGAGUGCCUAUUGCGUGGCUCAGGCUCUCAGUGACAAAGACAGCUAACACAGAGAAAAACGCACAUGAGUGUGAACUCAUCAUGAGUGUGGGUUGAGCCCAUCCGACAGCUAUACAAACAAAUGCAGAAGACCUCAGUUCCCAGAAACAGGAAAAAGGUUUGAAUGCCGUGACUACAGCGCUGACCUGGGGGAGCAUUCAGCUCAGACAGUGACUCAUGACGCCAGACAGCCGUGAUGUUGAAACUGAUAUGACAGGUCUGUGCUCGAGGAUUAGCGUAGAGAGAAAAAAAAGGACACCCCGCUAUCAGUAUCACCUGGCUGUUCAUGGCACCCCUCAGUGUUAAGGUCAAUUGAUGACGCACUAAGAGACUCAGAUGCUUGGGAUUUCUCCAGACAUGAAACUGGGAGGAAUGUAUGUCGACUUCCCUCGGGCUUGUGACAUAGGCAAUUUGAAUUUCCUUAUUCUGAUAGUUUCACAAACAUCACAGCAGGAACAGAAUAUGUCUAAAAAUGAGUCAUUGAAACAAGUCUCACCCGUGUUUUACUUGUUGUGUGUAACAAAGGUAAAUUAUUUAUAUUAUUUUAGGUUGCCAUCAAGUCGAUCAGAAAGGAGAAGAUUAAGGAUGAACAGGACCUGGUCCACAUUCGCAGGGAGAUUGAGAUCAUGUCCACUCUCUCUCACCCACACAUCAUCACCAUAUUUGAAGGUACAGUACCUCAGUUUUUUUUUUAUCUGUGUUUGUAUUUUGGAGGAGUGGGGAGGGAGGGGGUGAACCACAGGUGACUUUGAUGCCACACACGGUAUGAAACGUGAUACCUGAAAAGGCGCAUCGUUCAAUUGGCCCCUGUUUGAGAGUCAGGUUUGGUCACGCAAGUCUUUGGUGGACACUGAUGCAAGGUUACAUAAGCGAUAAUACCCCUGUGGUACCCCGUCAGUGCUGCAGGAUAAUGUGCAGAGCCUCGUGUCUUCCAGUGCCCCUCUCGCCUGAUGAGAUGGUCAUUGCUCAGUCUUUCUCCGGCCCCGUGCAUGUUUGUUUGUAAUACUGUCAUCAUGGGGCCCUCUUCAUCCUUACCGAUGUUAACAAAGGGCUGUCCAGGAAAACACAACUCAAAACGUGACAUACUGUGUCUCAUCAAAGUAAAAUGCCGCCCACUGGAUGACUUGCUGAUUUUUAUUUGGCUGUCAAACUUUGACUUAAAGGGUCUUAAAAUCUUUUUUUUUUUUUAAAUCUUUCAGUGUUUGAAAACAAGGACAAAAUAGUGAUAGUGAUGGAGUAUGCUAGUAGAGGGGACCUUUAUGACUACAUCUGCGACAAGAGGAACAUUUCAGAACGGGAGGCCAGACAUUUCUUCAGACAGAUUGUAUCAGCUGUGCAUUACUGCCAUCAGGUAAGAUAUCAGUCAAUCCACCACUUUUAUACAAAACAAUGAGCUUUCUAUAGAAUAAUAUCCAGAGGAACCUUUUGAUGUGUGUGCCACGCCUUCAUAAGUCUUAUGUAAACCCAAAGUUGUAGUCACAGCAGAGUAUUUUUUGCCCCAUCAAAGCAAACAGCACAGAGCUCCUGUCAGACCAGCCACCCUCGUAGUUGUGUUUUUCCAGGGCGCUGGCACCCCCAGAGUUACAUAAUGGGCAUUAUGAACUGUGAGCCUGCCUCAGAAUGAUGCAGUGGGAAGUGAACAGUUGGUCAGUGGAGUGGCAGCAUCAGGGCUAAAGGCCAGCCGUCCGACACACACACACACACAUGGUCUCACACUCUAAUGAGGGUGUGAUGGAACAGAAGGGUUCUGCAAACACACACACACACACAAUCAGUUGUGCCUGUAGUCCAGAGCUGUGUAAUUAGGGACAUUUCAAGAGAACAUUAUACUUUAGUGCCGUCGUUCAGCACUUUGCAGAGUGUCUAUCAGAGUUUGUUGGACAAUAUUUACCAAGUGGAUUGCCCCGUAAUAUUCUGAUGACCAUCUGUCUUAGAUUUCACUUGUGCUGAGCGCUGGUGUCUGGUUGAAUAUAUCCUUUCUGUGUUAUCAUAUGUAAUAAAACCCAUCUAAACCCCUCUUUAAAAAAGGGUUAGUAAUUCCUAAAAACAUUUAAUACACAAUACACAACAGAGAAGUGGUUUUCAGCUACUUGCAUUGCUCAUGCUAUGAAGUAGUUGACCUGCAUUUUUCUAAGUAAAACAAUUUCAAACUCUGUUAGUCAAAGGUAUGCCCCCCUGCAGAGUGGAGGACAAUGAGGCAUAGCUGACGUACCAUAAAACGGUCUUCAUUUGGAAAAGAAUGUGCUCUGACCUAGUAAAAAAACUAAUCCCUUUAUGUAAUACAGACACCUUCAGUGAACUAACACAACAUGCACAGCAUUUUUAUAGAAACUAUAGAAAAAAAUACUGUAUAUUAAUAUGCAUAAAAAUAUAUAUCUUUCUUGUUUUAUUUUUAGAACGGAAUAGUACACCGUGACCUGAAACUGGAGAAUAUUUUACUCGAUGGCAACGGCAAUGUGAAGGUAAACACAUGGAAGAUUAGUGUGAGCAUUUAUACCAUUCACUGACAGGAUUGGUAGUCAUUAAAAAUGUACUUUUUGUACCUUUUUUUUAUUUUAUACACUGUAUUGUAAGCAUGCAUGUAUGGUAGGUAUUUUAGAUGGCCAUAUAUGGAUUUUUACAUGGUAAUGUAAAGAAAUGUCAUUACUUCCUAUACUAGCUCUUUUGCAAGUGACUCACUGUCUUACACAUCUGAAAUCAGCAAUAUCUGUCAUGAGUAAUUUGGUGGAGUAGGGUGAUGCACUUGGAAAAUUUGGGGGAGGCAACUAUAAUCUACAAAAAUAACCUGUCUACCAUUCAUCAGCUUGACAUCCUUUUUUCUUGCAGAUUGCUGACUUUGGCUUGUCAAACCUCUACCAUGGUGAUGAGUUCCUCCAAACGUUUUGCGGUAGCCCCCUCUAUGCGUCUCCAGAGAUUGUCAAUGGACGUCCUUACCAUGGGCCAGAGGUGGACACCUGGUCUCUUGGCGUGCUGUUAUAUACGAUGGUUCAUGGGACGAUGCCGUUUGAUGGACACAACCACAAAACAUUGGUACAACAGAUCAGCACUGGAAAUUACCGCAAACCCAACGACCCUUCUGGUGAAUAUUUCAGCUCAACUUCUCUUUGGGGGGUUUCAAUGUACAGUGAUGUUACCAGUCCAAAAAGUCUCAUUUGUAGUACAUUAAAUACUUUUUAUAGCUAGACCAGGGUCUUUCUUUUUUAUCUGGACAUGUUUCAACUCUAAACUUCCCGCUGUCUUCCUGUGAUGUUGUUGUGUCACUGCCAGCUGAUUUAUUGGACGUUAGUUGUCCUACCUGAAGCAGCAGAAUGACCAUGCCCUUUGUUAUCUGACAAUUUUAGGAGAGCAUCCCAGUGAUAUUUCUAGUUUUCUUAACAAAACAAAAACUUCUUUUUCCUCUUUCUUCCUCAGAUGCAUGUGGGCUUAUCCGUUGGAUGUUGAUGGUAAAUCCUGAGCGCAGAGCCACAAUAGAGGAGAUUGCAGGACACUGGUGGCUCAACUGGGGCUACCAGCAGCCAUUACUGUCUGAGAUUAAGAGCAGUCCAGCAGACCAGGCCCCUUCACCAGCCUCUCCAUCAUCACAACAUCCCGCAGGGCUGGCAAGUGUUGCCAGUUGGCUACGUCGUACCUCAAGGCCUUUACUGGAGAACGGCUCCAAGAUACGCUGUCUGCUCCGCUCACAGGGUGGAGGAGGGGAUGUAGUCCGACAGCGCUCUCUGCGAAGGUCGCGUAAGGAACACAAUGUCUCUCACACUGUCCAUGAUUCAAGCACAGACAGUCGCCCCUCGAAGGGUAUUUUGAAGAAACGCAACAGUAUGAAGCAGAAGGCACUGAGUGAAACACUGUCUGUGAGUUCAGUGGAGCAAGAAAACAUUUUGGCCUCAUCUGUACCAGCCACUGCCCCAUCAACUGCACAGCAGCCUCGCAAAGGUAUCCUGAAGAAGUCCACGGAGCAGGAGUCGGGGUACUAUUCAUCCUCUCCUGAGAAUAGUGACUCAGGCUGGGAACCAUGUCCUAAAGAGUGCCCUUCAGCACCACCGUACAGGAAAGGCAUUUUAAAGCGCAACGGGAAGUUCUCCACGGGUUGCCUGCAGGAUUUUGGAUCUCUGGACCAGCUGGCAGUGUCGUUACCCCGCGGAGGAACCAAGUCCAGACCAAGCGGGGCCAUCAGCGAGGACAGCAUUCUGUCUUCUGAGAGUUUUGAUCAACUUGAUCUUCCUGACCGUGUCAGACCUCAGAAACAAAUGGAUCCACCAGCCAAGGCUAGCAUGAGAGCAUGCGUGUCUGCUGACAACCUGCUGGACAUCUGUGACAAUGUCAUUCUUCGAGAGGGGCCGCUAAGUCCUUGGAACUGCUACGAGUCUGGCGUGGCUGACAGCGCCUUUUCCAUCACAGACUGUGAUAAUGUAACAGAGGCCUACAAACAGGCCAUGGUCAUACGAGGCUCUGCGGCAAGCUAAAAAUCUGCCUUGAGUUCAGGACUACAACUUAAGACUUGUUUUUUAUUACAGACUUUUAAAUGACUGUUAACUGGCGAUGAAGUGGUUGCCAAAGUGCAUUCAGUGAAAUUUCCUGCAGACAAUAAUUUCAGCUGACUUCAGGAAUGUGUGGAACCAAAAGGGGAAGAGGCUUCUUGUGAAACCUCCGAUUGUGGCUUAGAUGAUUGACAACUGUAAUUGCUAAAAUUAGAUUGGAAUUUGACUUCUAGGAAAACAACAGGACUACACUUUUUAUGUUAUGAAAACAAUGACCAACGGUGCGUUUCAAAGAUUCUCAGGAGAGUUAAGCUGCUUUUGGUCAGGCGCUCGAACACAGUAAACAUGUCCGCUCAAUUUUAAAAUGUUAAUGAAAAAGUCAUCCUAAAACCAAAACGCACCGGUCUUUAAAAUCAGAAGUAAUUGUGUCAACAACUUUACUCAUAAACAUACACUAAGAAACUGUUAUCAAUCACAAAAGGAGAAUUGUUUCAAUAUUGCAGAAGCAAUAACAUCAGGGUUUUUCACUGCUGAGAGAGUUUGAGAUAGUGUUUAUGACUAAACAGCUCUUGGAUUCUUUCUUUGUUAGCUGAUCAUUUAUGUACCAUAAAUACUUAUCGGAUUAGAGCAAUGACGCGGCGUAGAUUUACACUUUUAAAUUGCAGAUGUGAAAAAAUGACAUCUCAUGGAUACCAAAGUUUUACCCCGUUAGACUUGUGUCUUUUAAUUGUGUGCAAAAAGUGCCAAGGUGAAUUUUGUUUGAAACAGGAACUUCUGCUCUGAUUUUUUUCAAUUGUUGUUGUUUUUUUCUUGUGAAGACUUGUUCUAAUUUUGGAUAAUGACUUGAAUUAUAAUUUUAACACACGACUCACAUCAAGGAAAACCAGUAGAGCCUGCUUUUGUUUCCGAGCAAACGCUGAUGCAGGCGCCCAGGUGGCCAUUCUCCCUGUGCGCAGGUGGCAGUUUCACAGUAAAGGAGGAGCUUGUCCACCUCAAAGCUUUGUGAAGGUCACAUGUUGAAAAAUGGAAUCCUGCUUAAUGAAAUACCCCCUGCUGGCCAGAGAAAGGUACACCUACAUGUUGUGUGAUUAUCAUGCUGCACAAAGGAGUUACUAAAUUGGAUUGGCAUGCUAGUCAUUAAAUUACAACAUCGAGCUGGCGCCUGAAAUAGCACUUUAUUGAAACCUGAUAACCAGAAAAUCUCUUUAUCAGCCAUAAUUAACAAUGAGUUUGGUAACAUGAGUUUCACCUGACAAGACAUAGCCAAACAAUACUGUUUGUAACUGGAAUGUACUUUUUUGGCACUCUGACUGUAUUAGGAGUUCAGGAUCUGUUUGUGUAUCGUGUUUUGCUGAUUUCAAACAGAAGCUCUUGUCACUUUCAAUCUUUCAUGAACUACUGAUAAUACUUGUCACACAGAGGGAAAAAAUGCAGUUAUCCUUCAGGAUUAUGAGUCUGAGAUUAUAUUAAUUUCAUGUUUUUGUACAUGUUUGGCAUUUCAUUGCUGUUUUCCCCUAAAUUUGGUCCAGUGAGUUGCAGGUGUGCAGGCUCUAUCAGUAUAUUUUCCUGGACAGCGCCUAAACCAUGGUUGCCAAAGUUACUGGCUUAGUAUUUGUACAACUGUGGGUUUUUUCUUGUGCUGGUGUAUGACUGGGACAAAUAAAUCAAUUUUAAAAAACACCAAAAA